AUGACUGAGAUCGAUCUGAAAAUUGACUACAAUUCAAAGUUAGUUGUUUGCAAUGCACAACAAUUUCGAGCGCAUCGCGAAGUCAUAAGCUUUGUGGCAAUGUAUUGGCAAUCACGGGUACUCGUAGCAGCAGCGCUGCUAUCAAGUCUCGCCUGCAUUGUUGAAACUCAGAGUGACUUUAGCUCAAAUGCUACAUGUCUGCCCUCGCAAUACACGGACAAGAUCACGGGCGACUGCGUCAACUACAAAGGACGAGGUGAAAAGGCUGAAACCGAUUACGACAAAGCGGUGAAUUCGGGAAAUACGGCAUGGAUGUUAAUGGCUAGCGCUCUGGUCAUGAUCAUGACACCAGGAGUUGCCUUUUUUUACGCCGGUCUUGCUGGUGGUGAAAUUGCUUCAAACACUAUUAUGAUGUCAUUUGUUAGCAUGGCAUUAGUGUCGAUUCAAUUUUGGGCUUUUGGUUACUCUGUGUCAUUUGGAUCCAAUGGCAUGUUCGAGUGGGCUGCUUAUAACAAUGUGGGAAAAACUCCGAGCGGCACUUACGGCACUGAAAUUCCGCAUAUUUUGUUUGCCUUCUUCCAAACCCAGUUUGCUAUGAUUUCGCCAGCGCUUCUUAGCGGCGGCAUUGUCGGUCGCAUGAAGUAUGGGACUUUUCUGCUCUUUAUCUUUUUGUGGACGUCGCUGGUCUACAACCCGCUAGCCCACUGGAUGUGGUCUCUGAAAGUAGAUGAUUCUUGGGCAAUUACAAACAUGGGCUGGGAGGGAAAAAUGGGGUCUAUUGAUUUUGCUGGGGGCACAGUCAUCCAUAUUUCUAGUGGUUUUGGUGCUCUCGCUGCUGCUCUGAUGGUUGGAAAAAGUAAGUGUGGAUUUACACCUACAAACUACCCGGAAUUACAGCAAUUGUAUGCAAAGUACAAAAACGAAGGCUUCGAGGUACUAGCGUUUCCGUGCAAUCAAUUCAAUGGCCAGGAACCUGGCACACAUGAAGAGAUAAUGGAAUUCGUAAAACAGUACAACGUAACGUUUCCUUUCUUUGAGAAGCAUGAUGUGAAUGGUGCGACAGCUCGUCCAGUAUUCACGUAUUUGAAGUCAAAGCUACCUGGUUCGUUUGGCGAUUUUGUGAAGUGGAAUUUCACCAAAUUUUUGGUGGACCGUAACGGCCAACCGUACAAACGUUAUGCGCCAAAGGAUCGACCAUUAUCGUUUGAGGAGGAUAUCAAGACUUUGUUGGCGCAAAAGAAUGAAAACUGA